ACUGCGACAUGGCAUACAAUAUUGAUUAUGAGAGGGAGGAGAGACUGAGAAUGAAUAACUUUCUGUUGUCAAUAGUUUCCUUGACUACGGUGACGCGUUCGAAUUCGUGACGAGACAUUCUGAUCGACUGUUACAUCUACAAAUCAAUCCGACUAUAUAUUAGACAUCAGACCGCUAGCAAGCAAUUGUUACAGAGACUCUGAUGAACACGUUCUGUGAGAAAAUGUCAGAAGACAAUUUACCUGAACAGCUAAAGCAGUUUAUCAGUUCUCAUGGAGGGGGACUUGUUGUAAACUGUGAAAGCGUGUACAGUAUGAUGUACAGUAUGCACAGCAGGCUGGAGCGCCUUGAAGCCGAGAGAGAGGCAGCGGAUGGAAGGAAAGCGGACGUUGGCCGCGAUGUCGCUGAGUCGCAGCCGGAUGAGAAAAGCUCAAGGAGUAUUGAUGAGCAGAAGGCGGCGCUGGAGAAACUGUUCAGCGGUACAGAGCUGCUGAGCCUCUCCACCUCGGACAGGAGUGGACAAGUGGAGGACAGCGAGGAAGGAGUGUCCAAGUGUCUCAUUCAAGACUUGGUAAACAAGAAUCAGGAGCUCAAGGAGGAGAUAUACAGCCUGAAGAAAGAAGUGGAGACGCUUAAAAAUCAGCUUAGUCAGAUCUUGCUAAGUCAGCAAGAUCGUCUGGUCUCUUUAUCUGAUGGAGCCCUGCACCAGUUAGCUGGCCAGACCCAGUCCCAGGUCAGCAGGGAGGUUGAGCAUGUCCCAGAGACACUGGAAGCGCUGACGGACGUAGGGGAACUACAGGAGAAGCACGAGAGCCUGGAGGCUCGUGUGGAACGCCUGGAAGGAGAACGAGACGAUAUACUCCAUCAGUUGAAACAACUGAAAACUCAGUUGGUGGAUGCUGUAACGGUAGAUAGAAAGAAGGUAUAUGAGGUGGAGCCUUUGGACAUGGGCCCAGUGAACAUGUCAGAAAGUUCAGGAUUAGGUGAGGAGCUUUCCAAGUCUGAGGCGACACUCAGCCAGAGCAGAGACAGUUUCAGUGGGCUAGAGCAGCAGCUUCGUCUGCAAACAGCUGACAUCAGGAGUGCAGUGCAGAAGCUGUUGGAGGAGGUGCAAAAUAUGAAGCAAGAACUGCUGACCAUCAGAUUGGAACAGAAGAGAAGCCCAGAUAAUGAAAUGCAGGAUAAGCUGGACAGCCUCCAGUCCAAGCUAGAUACUGUGAUGGCAUCCUCAUCCUCUAUGCUAUCAUGGAGCCUACAGCAGGAAGGUCAGGAUUCCCCAUCAGGUAAGGAAGGUGCUGCUGAACCUGCAUGGCUCUCAGCCAUGGCAGAUCUGAGCAUGAAGACGAGCGAGCUCUUUCAGCACUUUGAGAAUCUGCAGAGCAUCGUUAUUGGUCUUAUGAAGCAGGAGACCAGUGACAGGACGUUCAUCACUGACACAACCUCAGAGUUGACAAGUGAUGUGCAUAUAUAUGGAUAUGAGAAGCUCCACAGUACAGCCAGCCCGCUGAGGGAACAUCGCAUGAAGGAACAAAGUCAUAUUGAGACCACAGAGUUGACAAGUGAUGUGCAGGGGACUGUCUUGCAACUCCAGGCUGGACGUGAGAAGCUCCACAGUACAGCCAGCCCACUGAGGGAACAUCGCAUGAAGGAACAAAGUCAUAUUGAGACCACAGAGUUGACAAGUGAUGUGCAGGGGACUGUCCUGCAACUCCAGGCUGGACGUGAGAAGCUCCACAGUACAGCCAGCCCGUUGAGGGAACAUCAUAUGCAGGAACAAAGUCAUAUUGAGGCCUCAGAGUUGACAAGUGAUGUGCAGGGGACUGUCCUGCAACUCCAGGCUGGACGUGAGAAGCUCCACAGUACAGCCAGCCCGUUGAGGGAACAUCAUAUGCAGGAACAAAGUCAUAUUGAGGCCUCAGAGUUGACAAGUGAUGUGCAGGGGACUGUCCUGCAACUCCAGGCUGGACGUGAGAAGCUCCACAGUACAGCCAGCCCGUUGAGGGAACAUCAUAUGCAGGAACAAAGUCAUAUUGAGACCACAGAGUUGACAAGUGAUGUGCAGGGGACUGUCCUGCAACUCCAGGCUGGACGUGAGAAGAUGCACAGUACAGCCAGCCCGCUGAGGGAACAUCGCAUGCAGGAACAAAGUCAUAUUGAGACCACAGAGUUGACAAGUGAUGUGCAGGGGACUGUCCUGCCACUCCAGGCUGGACGUGAGAAGCUGCACAGUACAGCCAGCCCGCUGAGGGAACAUCACAUGCAGGAACAAAGUCAUACUGAGACCACAGAGUUGACAAGUGAUGUGCAGGGGACUGUCCUGCAACUCCAGGCUGGACGUGAGAAGCUGCACAGUACAGCCAGCCCGCUGAGGGAACAUCGCAUGCAGGAACAAAGUCAUAUUGAGACCACAGAGUUGACAAGUGAUGUGCAGGGGACUGUCCUGCAACUCCAGGCUGGACGUGAGAAGCUGCACAGUACAGCCAGCCCGCUGAGGGAACAUCGCAUGCAGGAACAAAGUCAUAUUGAGACCACAGAGUUGACAAGUGAUGCGCAGGGGACUGUCCUACAACUCCAGGCUGGACGUGAGAAGCUCCACAGUACAGCCAGCCCGCUGAGGGAACAUCGCAUUAAGGAACAAAGUCAUAUUGAGACCACAGAGUUGACAAGUGAUGUGCAGAGGACUGUCCUGCCACUCCAGGCUGGACGUGAGAAGCUCCACAGUACAGCCAGCCCGUUGAGGGAACAUCACAUGCAGGAACAUAGUCAUAUUGAGACCACAGAGUUGACAAGUGAUGUGCAGAGGACUGUCCUGCAACUCCAGGCUGAGUUCGGGAAGCUCCGCAGUACAACCACCCAGCUGAUGAAGGAUCACAUGCAGGAACAAAGUCACAUUGAGCACCUGUACAAGACUAUGAAGGAGCUGGAUGAGAAGGCAGACAAGAAGGCAGUGAAAAUUGUAAAAAGCAUUAAAGCAGACAUGCAGGCACUGGAUACCAAGGUCCUCCAGUGUGAUACAAAAAUAGUGAUGCUGAACAGGACGUUUCAGGAUCUACUGACUGGACAUGAGGAUCAUUGUCAUAAGGUUAUUGAGAAGCUCUUCAGGGAACUGGAUUGCAAGUUGAACUACACUGAGCUUGAUCCUCUGAAGAAGCAGCUAGAGGAUUAUCAGAUGAGAAUUUACAAGGAGCUACAGGUGCAACGUGCCCCAGAAAGUGAUGAUGCUGCUGGUCUCAAGAAACAGCUGGCAAACUUCAACUGCCUCUCCUGUGAUCGCCCUGUCGACAUGAAUACUCCUGGACCACGUUUGCUGCUUUUGCCUGAGCUUCCAAGUUUACUCUCUCCAAAGGACCACAGGAGGCUGAGGACAUGCACUUACCUGGACCAGUGUGAGAGAUCACCUACAGAGUGGAGUAUGGAACAAACCAUGGUUGUCAGAGUGAGUGACAGCAGUGGUUCCGAUAGGCAUGUCUACAAGACUAGUGAAGUGAGAGUGCCCGCCAUCUCCCCCAAAGAAGACGACUGCAAAAACAAGGAGAUGGUUAACCACAGUCAGUUGCUGCAGCAACCUGAGACCCAACUCAUCUGCCAUGCUCUCAUUUACCAGGUUCAAACUGCUUGGAGACAGAAAAGCAAUGGUUCAUUGAGGAGUCCAUUCCACAGACCCUUCAGUGCCGUCAGCCAAGAAAACCUGAUGGCAAUAAUGACUAAAUAAAUACACAUGGUAACACUAUACAAUAAUGGUACAUUAGUAAAUGGCAGUUAUGUAUGGACUCAUGUAUUACAUAAAUAAGCUAGAGUUCUGUUACACCCUCUUUACUGUCAGGGUGAUGAGAAUCACCUACAGUGGUGCUUGAAAGUUUGUGAAACUUUUAGAAUUUUCUAUAUUUCUGCAUAAAUAUGACCUAAAGCAUCAGAUUUUCACACAAGUCCAAAAGUACACAAAGAGAACCCAAUUAAACAAAUGACACAGUAAUUUUAUACUUAUAAAUGAUCCAAUAUUACAUAUAUGUGAGUGGCAAAAGUAUGUGAACCUCUAGGAUUAGCAGUUAGUUUGAAGGUGAAAUUAUAGUCAGGUGUCAUGUUUUCAAUCAAUGGGAUGACAAUCAGAUGUGAUUGAGCACCCUGUUUUAUUUAAAGAACAGGGAUCUAUCAAAGUCUGAUCUUCACAACACAUGUUUGUGGAAGUGUAUCAUGGCACGAACAAAGGAAAUUUCUGAGGACCUCAGAAAAAGAGCUGUUGAUGCUCAUCAGGCAUGAAAAGGUUACAAAACCAUCUAUAAAGUGUCUGAACAUAGUCAUAAGCUGUUAUCUAUGUAGCUCCAUAAGAUGUACAUAUUAUGACACAGACUUGGAGCAGGAUGCAAGUGCAGAUAAAGUGUCAAUUUAUUAUGAAUGCAAAGAAAUCCAAAACAAAAGUCAAUAAUCAGUGUGAAUAAACAGUCCAGAGUCGAGCGAUCGAGAAUUAGAGGCAAAGACAAUAGUCAGAAACAUGGGAUGCUCAGUCGAGCAGGGAGGCUGAGCGAUGUUCUCCGUUGAAUCGGCAGGCUGAGUGAGAUCCACAGUAGGGGAGGGAGGGUGGGGAAAGAUCUUAUGCAUGACAGGAACUUGGCAUGAGAGGUCACCUUGUUGACCUCUGGCUGGAGCUCUACAGGAGAGACUACUUUGUGGGUCUCAGACUCCUUUGUGGGUCUCAGGCUGGAGCUCGGGAGCUGUGGAGGCUGCCCUGUCUGCCUUGGUCUGGAGUUGGGCUGUGGAAGCCGCCCUGUCUGCCUUUUCAUUAUAGAUGAUGAACGGCAAGACAGGUUUGUCCGACAAGCUGGCGCUCCUUAAAAAUAUUUUAUGGUCGGGGUGAAUUCAGGACUCCCGAACACCUUUAUUAAUAGUCCAACAAAUUGGACUACACUGCUAAGGCCUCUGGACCUCGUGGUAAUCAGGAACUCCACCCACCGGCGGGCUGGGCCACUGAGCUGGGAUAACAUUAACCCCAGCCACUGCUUCUCUUCAGGCUUGGUGUCCACCAUAACUUUCUGGAUAAACAGAAAAUCCAUCAUAUGGUUUGGGGGGAAUCAGGAAUUUCCACUGAGGAAAAAGGAUGAAGUUAAGUGCCAGCAUGGUUAUCUUGGCGUGACGUUCCCUUUGCUCUCCUGCUGCAUCCAUGAUGUAGGUGAAGUAAUCUGUUAUGACACAGACUCAGAGCAGGAUGCAAGUGCAGGUAAACAGGCAGUUUAUUAGGAACUCAGACAAAUCCAAAACAAAAGGCAAUAAACAAAGUGAAUAAACAGUCCAGGGUUGAGCGAUCAACAAACAGAGAAUCAGAGGCAAAGACAAUCAUCAGAAAUAUGGGCAAGGACAAAGAUCAAAACCAGGAAGCAGUAAACAAUAACAACGGCUUGGGAAUGACAGUACACUCUAGAGGUGCAGUGACUGAUGGGAAUCGUAGUCUCUAGUCCCUUUUCCGGUAUUUACAUAACAGUACAUGUGAUAUGUCACUUUAUUGGAAGCUCUCAGCAUGCACACAAGAAGGAAUCUAGGUUAUUCUCUCUGCCACUGGCAUUUAGGAGGGGUGAGACAGAACAAUACUUGCUGUAUUAUUAAAAAAUAUCAAGUGAUUCUUUACAUGUACCAUUAUCGUAAACUGUUAUCCAAUGUGAUAGCUUGCUGCAUAAAAAUGUACAUAAAACGUGAUAUCUAAUGUAAUAAGCAGUUUCCUCUCAAGUCUCAAUCAUUGAACAGUCGAUUCGAACUUCAAAAAACAAAAUAAUAAAAACAAAUCUGCUUUGCUCAGAA